CACAGAGGGCUGGGAGGGCUUAGAUGUGUUUGAGACACCAAGGCUGUGAGAUCCUGCCUGGCUCUUGCAAGGGAUUAUCAGCAAGCUGGAGACUUCAACUGGAUCCUGAUCCUCAUGAGAACUGCAAAUAAGAAACUGGGGGAUAUCUGGCAUUCUGUUUAGGAACUCACUCACUAGCUGAGUGUUACUCUCAGCAAGCUUGUUGUGAGCCAAGUUCCUGGAACUCUAGGACCUGUCAGCAAUGAAUGAGGGUUUGGUCACUGGCUUUUGCUGUAUUGCAUAUUUUAAUAUACAGCAAUAAGAUGCUUUGCAGGUGCAAAUAAGGGGAGGUUUAUUUGGUCCCCCCCCCCAAAAAAAAAAAAAAAAACACCUCCAGCUUUUAUCCUUGGAGACCAUGGCCAAGCAGGUCCUGAGCCAAUGUGGAUCUGCAGAAGAUCUGAGCAAGCUUUCAGAUGAGGAGCUUAUGAGGUGGAGCAAGGAGGACAUUGUGAAGAGGCUGAGAAAAGUGGAGACUGAGAAGAUAAAUUUGAUGGUGGAGCAUGGGAACCUGAUGAAGGAUGUGAACAGGAGGCUGCAGGUCCACCUGCAUGAGAUCAGGGGAUUGAAGGAGGUCAACCAGAAACUUCAGAAUGAUAACCAGGAGUUAAGGGAGCUGUGCUGUUUUUUGGAUGAUGACAGGCAGAAAGGCAAGAAACUGGCCAGGGAAUGGCAGAGGUUUGGGAGGCACACUGCCAGUGUCAUGUGGAAAGAGGUCGGGGCUUACCAGCAGAAGCUCAAGGAGCUGGAACUAAAGCAGGAGUCCCUCGUGAGAGACAAUCUGGAACUCAAGGAGAUAGUUAUCAUGAUGGAUGAGGAGAGGAACGGUGCUGGGUCCAGGAGCUCCAUUGAUAGUCAAACCAGUUUGACUAAUUUGAAUGGGGGGUCUGGCACUAGAGAUGUAGGAGAUGGAAGUAGCACAUCCAGCACGGGCAGUGCAGGGAGCCCUGACCAUCAUCAUCACCACCACCACAUCCCUCACUCUAAACCACUGGAGAACAAAGCUGGCACUAUCAGGAGGUCUGCAGAUGACUUAACCACCCAACCUCACCACAGGAGUAUCCCCAAUGGUCUUAAUGAUUCCUCGUCCAACUACAUCCGCCAGUUGGAAACCAAAGUCAAACUCCUCGAGGACGACAAUAAGGUUUUAACACAGCACUCAAGCCACGGGGAGUUAAGGACUUUAAGAAAAGGUUUAUCCCCUUACCACUCUGAAUCCCAGCUGUCAUCGAUAUCACAGUAUCAGGAUCCCCUACAAAACGGCCCAGCUCGGAUAACGACAGAGAUGUCUUCCGCAGGGCCAGCUGGAUAUGUCCCAGUGGUACAGAAACCAGAAGCGGUUGUGCAUGCAAUGAAGGUUCUUGAAGUCCAUGAAAAUUUGGACAGGCCGAUACCAGACAGCUAUGAGGAAGACCUCAGUGAGAAAGAAAAGGCGAUUGUUCGAGAAAUGUGUAACGUGGUGUGGCGAAAGCUGGGUGACGCCGCGAACUCCAAACCAUCCAUCAGACAGCAUCUUUCAGGAAAUCAAUUCAAAGGGCCUUUGUAGGAUCUCCCUUCCUCCUUGAUUUUUAAAGAAAUAAACUUAAGGCAGGUGGUGUACACCACAAAAAAGGCAAACUGUGAACAAUGUAAAUACACAAGCUCACGAACAAUGUGUAAGCGGGAGAUGGGCACAAUAUACUGUAUAUAUGUUUAGUCAUUGGAAUAUGAGACUUAAAUAUUUUGUAAUGUAGUUCACUCACUGUACAGAUCCUGUAGAUAAGAAUUAUUAAGAAAACACUAGCCUGUGAACUAGUCUUAAGAUUUUUUUAAAAUUGUACAAACAAUUGUUUAUGGAUUACAAUCUUUGUCUUGACAAAAAGACAUAAAUUGUUUCAAAAAA